GUUUAUAUUCAGGUAUCGCGAUAGUUCCUUGAGCACAGUAUUUCCAUCAUGGCAGGCAGUAAGUUGGUGCUAGAAGGAAGAGUAAGUGUAAAAGCGUUUAUUUUAGGACUCAGCGUGGUUGUAAUCCCAUUGAUCAGAACGUGGUUUGGGCAUAUUGACUGGGUCUUUGAUAAUCUGACGGAAACUCCCGGGAAAAUAGUGAUUUGUAUCCACAUUGCAGUUGCCAACGGCCUCUUGCUAAUCGUAUACAGGGGACCUCUAUACAAGGUCGCUGUGAGAGCCUGCUUUCUGGGAGUUACCUUUGGCUGUGGCUUAAUUAUAAGCUUCUCAGAAACUACUUGGACACAUUUUGGCUGGUACAUGUGCUCCCUGUCGUUCUUCCAUUACUCGGAGUACCUGGUUACGGCCAUCAUCAACCCUCGCAGCCUGUCGCUGGACUCGUUCCUGCUCAACCACAGCGUGGAGUACACCCUGGCUGCUGUCUCCUCGUGGGUGGAGUUCACCGUGGAGAAGCUGACCGUUCCAGAGCUGAAGCAGCUGAACUGGCUGAGCGUUGUGGGUCUGCUGCUGGUGCUGUGCGGCGAGUGCCUGCGUAAGGCGGCCAUGUUGACGGCGGGCUCCAACUUCAAUCACAUCGUCCAGAACGAGAAGGCCCAGAGCCACGUGUUGGUCACCAGCGGGGUCUACGCCUUCUUCAGACACCCGUCCUAUGUGGGCUGGUUCUACUGGAGCACUGGGACACAGGUCAUGCUGUGUAACCCCGUGUGCAUAUUGGGCUACACGAUAGCGAGCUGGCGCUUCUUCCGGGAGCGGAUCGAGGAGGAGGAGCUUUCCCUCAUCCACUUCUUCGCCGAGGACUACGUGGAGUACAAGAAGAGGGUUCCCACGGGGCUGCCCUUCAUCUCAGGCAUCCGCGUCAACUAGUCUUCCCGAGGCUGGGACGCGGGACGUAACGGACUUGAAGCACUCGGGCAGGUCAGCUGGUCUGUGUGCGGUUCUGUCCCCUCCAGAAGGGAGACCCCGCCGCUGGCUUUAGAGCCUGUAGCUCACAGACAGAGAUCGGGGCCGCUGGGGGCCGCGGCCGGCAGCUGGGCUGCUGUGUUUUCUACCAACUUCCAAAAAUCCAGUUAAGGACCAGACAACCUCCACUGUACUACAUCUACAUGUACUCUAAUAGCACCAUCCAGGGUUUCCCCCCCAAACCUCCCACUAAAGUUGUAUAGCCCGGUGGCAAGUGUCUGACUGUCUGACUGACUGACUGACUGACUGAUGGCAGCACUAAUGUAGAGCUCAGUAGUUUCUGUGGUAACAGACUCAUGGAAGGAAUCGCAAAAUUGAGAAUUUAAAAAAAGUAGGGCUGUGCUCAAUUGAAGAAAUUCUUAGUCGACUAUAUUACGCUCAUUCAA